AUGUGGCCCCCGGGCAAUAGGGGAUCAUGGGGCCCCUGUGUCCUUGCCCAAACUCAAAAAAGCCUAUGAAAAAGGUACCAGGGGCAUCUCAUGGGGCCCCCUACUGACCCCGGGCCCUCGGACAGUUUACAACUACUUUAAAUGUUAAAGCUUAAAGUGCAGCUCCACCAGGGGUGGACUGACAACUCAUGGGGCCCCCGGGCAAUAGGGGAUCAUGGGGCCCUUGUGUCCUUGCCCAAACUCAAAAAAGCCUAUGAAAAAGGUACCAGGGGCAUCUCUUGGGGCCCCCUACUGACCCCGGGCCCUCGGGCAGUGCCCGUGUUUCCAAAUGGUCAGUCCGCCCCUGAGCUCCACCCAAAA